GAAACGAACGAGGAACUGUUGACCGACUAUACCCUAGAGCAACUCGCCUACCAAGCUGGCCACCAGCAGCAGCACGUUAUCAGUCAGCGAAUUUACAUUGAGGCAGACUCUUCACCAUACGAUGAUGGUUCACUAAAGGAGUAUCAUCAUUACCACCAUCAGCAGCAUCAGUAUCAAAAACAAGAACAACAACAGUUAGAAAAUCAUCAUCGCGGCCAGUGUUCUGAAGAUCAAGAACCGCAGCAUCAUCCCCACCAUCGACAUCUUCAACUGCAAGGACAAACCUACAAUGUAGCUGAACUAGAGACGGGAGAGGCCCCUGCGCUUCCUGAGGGAGGGGAUAACUUACGGCUUCGGCGGCAACAACGACGGAGUGUCGAGGCCUUAGUCCCGACGGAAGAGAAGAGUACCGGCAGUCACAUGCCUAUCGUUGCGAUGCAUCGUUACGGAACUGAAACGCUCUCUACGACACCAAUUGAUCAUCAUCAUCAUCAUCACCAUCAUCAACCACAACAACAGCAUCAUCAUCAACAUCAUCAACAACAAAUUAACGAACAGCAGCAGGUAUUAACCCGUCACUUAGAAGAGCAACAACAGCAGAGACAUGAUGAAGAUCAAGAAGAUGUUGACAGAGUAAGUGGAAUAACAGCGGUGAUGAGGGGUACUAGAGCUGAAUUCAAUUUGAACGUUCUAUUUCCAAACAUGCCAAGUCAAAAUACAUCUGAUAGUAGUGGCUCUACGAAUAGUCAUCAUGGACAUCAUCAACAACAUUUAGAAGAAGUGUUACAUGAUGAUACAUAUUUGCAAAUACGUGCAUCUACAGGAACUGGUGAGGGUGUAUCACCUGUACCAGUUAGAACGGGUAGUUCACCUGGUUCAAGUAGAAGUCCCCAUGAAGAUCAGCAACAACAGCAGCAGGCAUUAUCAUCACCUAAUAGACACAAUGAUACUUCUAAUACAUAUAGUCCAGCACAAGAACCACCGAGGCUACAAAGCUUUACACAUCUCACAGCAAUGCAGCCUACUGUUGUUUCGGUCAAUCACCUUCAAGAUGAACGCGUGCAGUCAGAACAGCUUUACAUAGACUCGAUUUAUGCACACCAUCAGCAGAGUACGAGUCAUCAUCAUCAAGAACACGAACAGAGCUCAACUACUUCACAUUCACCUACGGGACCCAGACGCGAAUGCAGGUGA